ACUAAUUUGGGAGAUAAUGUGGGCUGGUGCCGUGAACAAAACCCUGUGCACAGACUGAAAGCCACAAAAACGGUGGCGGGAACAAAACCCUGCGCACAGACUGAAAGUAACAAAAAUGCCGUCGUUUCCUCCGGUAGGCUCAGUCAGCAUUUGCGAAAUCAAUCGGGACCUCAUUACCGCCGAUGAAAUUUCCGACGAUCGUGCCAAGGAAACAUAUGGAAAACUUCUUGGAGUAGUAUUCAAACCGAUUCCUUUUCAAUUUGAGAAUCUCUGUGUUGGUGAGCUGAGCAAUGAUCCAUGCUCGGAAGAGCAGAGGAAUGGUUUGCUUUGGGCAGCACUGAAAGCUGUGUCCACUGGUGUGCUUAAGCAGAUUUUUCAUGCAGUUGAUGUAAAAUUGUUACCAGGCAUUGAUUUUUGUGGAGUAAAUUGGCACCAACAUAAACAUAUUUUAGCAUUUAUUUCUGGAACUCACCAAGUGACUGUUUGUAAUUAUGAGGAUUCAGAUGGAAAAAAUCCUUGCAUUUUGAUCAAUGAAUCUCAAAAGGAUGUUAAAUGUCUUGAGUGGAGACCGAAUGGUGGGAGGACACUUUCUGUUGCUUGCAAAGGCGGAAUAUGCAUCUGGGCAUCUUCAUAUCCUGGCAAUGCAGCUUCGGUGAGAUCUGGAGUUACCUUGGGCACUCUUUCUAGAGGUUCUGGUACUAGAUGGACUCUUGUGGAUUUCCUACGGAGUUACGAAGAUGAACAAGUUAGUGCACUGUCAUGGAGCCCAACUGGAAGAUAUCCAAGCCAUAUCAUUUUAAUCAUUGUCAUGUAUUAGAUGUUCCUUUUGAUGACAUAAAGUGCUCCUUUUCUUUUUAUAUUCCUGGUUGCUUUUAGAUUACUUUUUGACAAUUUCUUAGCUUCAGGUCAAAGGCAUAGAGUGUCAUAGUAGCUACAUAUAUUUUUAUAUUUCUUACUAGGAAAUAGAUAAAAGUGAAAUGGAAACUGCAACAUCAUAUAUUGGUGCAUUUCAAUUUGCUUUGUGUGGAAUGAUAAAAUCACAUGUCUUGCCUUCCUUAACUAAACAUAACAUAUUUGGCAUCAGCUUCCUUUGAGAGUCCUUCGUUCACCAUAUGGGAUGUUGCUCAAGGAGUUGGCACACCCAUACGGCGUGGCUUAGGGGGAAUAUCAUUGCUCAAAUGGUCCCCAUCUGGAGAUUAUUUUUUUGCUGCAAAAUUUGAUGGGACAUUUUAUCUCUGGGAGACAAACACAUGGACUUCAGAACCAUGGUCCUCAACAAAUGGUUUUGUCACGGGAGCAGCAUGGGAUCCUGAUGGUAGUAAGAUACUUAUAGCAUUUUCGGGUUCCUCAACAUUAGGUUCCAUUCACUUUGCCACUAAACCUCCAUCACUGGAUGCACAUCUCAUACCUGUUGAGUUGCCAGAGAUACAAUCUCUGACUGAAAGUCAAGGGGUUGAGAGGAUAGCAUGGGAUGCCUCAGGAGAGCGUCUAGCUGUAACAUACAAAGACGGGGAAGAACAAGUGAAAGGUCUUAUAGCCAUUUAUGAUGUCAAGAGAACUCCUCUGAUAUCAGCUUCAUUGAUAGGUUUUAUUAGAGGCCCUGGAGAAAACCCCAAGCCAUCCUCUUUUUCAUUUCACAACAAGUUUAAGCAGGGGCCACUGCUUUCAGUGUGUUGGAGCACCGGGAUUUGUGCCACAUAUCCACUCAUUUUUCGUUCACAUGUACUUCCAUAGUCAAAAGGUAAUGGAGUUUUACUUGAACUGGAUCAUCUGAAUGUGCCAUUUGAAGUUUCCCAUAUGGAGGCGUCGAAGCAAAAUGGACACCCGGAAGAUAUCUUACACCGUUUUGUGUUUAUGCAACUGGAGUUCGAUAAUGAGGAGACGACUCUUCAGUGCUAUGCCAGCAAUUGCAUUGGGCUAAUGUCAUAAGAGACUUUGGUUUUUCACAGGACAAGAUUGAUUAUCCUUAUUUUUCUUAUAUUUUGUGCAAGUACUAAAAUGAAGUCAGCAAUGGAGGAAGACUACUUUUGAUUACUUUAUACUCAUCAAAGGUCAUUAGAUCAAGGUAGGAUUGAACAUGUUACCCGUUAGGGGUGGACCCGAUUUUGAUUCUUAAGUCGUUCUUUAGAUGCUAGAAUUUAAUUAGAGUUAUACAAUCAAGAUCUAGAGCCACAUACAAUAGCGUAAAAUGAGCUUCGAACCGUAACGUAAUUGGUUUUAGGAAUUGAAAUUGGAAUUGAGUAAAGUUACUGGUUACCC